GUUAUAACCCAUAUCUCAGAUGAAAACAAAACAAACACGAUUGGGCUUCUUAAAUGAUUUCUGCUAUGAAAAUUUACAAAAAAUGUCAGCAGAGUAUGGUGGUGAUCAUUUGUCCACCAUGAAACAGGAACAAUCAACUAAAGAGAUAACACCUGAUGCUGAAACCCCAAACUCACAAAGGCUAGAUUCAAAAUGUGAAAUUGAUGCAUUUAUUGUAGCCGAAAAGGUUGAUGGAACUGCACCAGAGGAAGAGGGAAAAAGAGAAGAAUGUAGGACUAAAAAUGAUUAUUUCCCAAACAUUGAUAAGACAGUGUUCAAUGCUGAUGAGGUAGCAUCCCUUUUGCCAGCACAAGGAAGUAACAUUAGAGACAUUUAUGACAUUGAUAAUGAUGACUCUCAGAAUUCUGUUGAAUUGCACAGAAACUAUAAGCAUGACACGGCCCCAAGAGAACAAAAUUCAUCAGUAAAUGAAAAUCCAGAUGCAACAGAACACCCUUUAAAGAAGCGCAGACUCUGUGACAUAGUAUCUGAUAUAUCGAGUCAAACAAGUCCAGCGUCUUUGACUGAUGUUAAAGGGAACUGUAGUAUAUUAUCUUACAAACAUGUAUUGAGACAGGGUCAAGGUAGUGGUUAUGAGAUUACUGCCACCACUGAAGGCAGGGGAAAUGAUGUAAAAUCAGAAAUAUCACAUCCAUUGAAGUCUUCGUUUGAUGUUAACGAUAUAGGUAAUGAUGAGAACAACCCUGAAUUUCCAACGAUGAGAUAUAAUAGAAUUGACUUUGUUCAUAGCAAGUGCCAAGAGCAACAAAACCAUGCCAGUACUCUAAGAGUUCAGGUAGAUGACAAUAAUAGGGAUGGCUGUGAAGGUGGGAGCCUAGUGAAUCGGACAUCCAACGUACUUGAAGUAACAGACAGUGAUAAACUGUACUCAGACCAGGACAAAUCAAAGCCACAGGUUGUUUCCAACAAUGUCGAUGUUUACGACAUCAUGGACUUUGAUGAACACAGCCAACCACUGACUCCCCUGCACAAGAGGAAGAGGGUACUGCAAGCUAGGAAUGAGGAUGUUCCAAAACCUGACAGCUCCAUCCCAGAGAAAGACUGUGCCAGUAAUGGCAUUGCGAGUGCUGUACCAGUCCGCACUGUACCGACUCCACGGUCAAGCGUGCAGUCCAGAGUAGGCUAUGUUUACAGUGAAACCUAUGUCAACAUCUGUGACAAGAUGCCCAGAGUGGAGCUGAGGGCAAGCAUGGUUCACAGGUUGAUAGAAGCGUAUGGCCUUGUCAAGUACAUGAAAGCGAUACCACCAAGGGAGGCAACUGCAUCGGAACUGCUUCAGUUCCACUCAUCCGAAUAUAUAGAGUUUCUGGGAAAGAUCAGUGACCAAGAGGAUGAAGAGAAAUAUGACCAAGAGGCAGAACAGUUCGGCCUCACAUAUGAUUGCCCUGUCCAUGUCGGGGUGUAUGAGUAUGCUGUGCUGGUUGCCGGGGCAACGAUCCGUGCUGCGGAGCUGUUGGUUGAUGGAUCUUGUGACAUUGCCAUGAACUGGUGUGGGGGAUGGCAUCAUGCCAAGAGAGACAGCGCCUCGGGGUUCUGUUACAUCAACGACAUCGUCCUUGGAAUCCUGAAACUGAGACAGCGCUUUGACCGAGUGCUGUAUGUUGACAUUGACCUUCACCAUGGCGACGGGGUGGAAGAUGCCUUCUGUACAACCUCCAAGGUCCUCACCGUGUCAUUCCAUAAAUACCUGUCUGGCUUCUUCCCAGGUACCGGCUCCCUCAGUGAUGUCGGCGUCUGUAAAGGCAAGUACUACUCGGUCAAUGUUCCCCUGCUGGACGGGGUCAAGGACACAGAAUUCUCUGCGCUCUUUAACAGAGUAAUGACAAGGGUGAAGGAGAAGUUCCGACCUGAGGCUGUUGUGUGUCAGUGUGGGGCGGAUGGCAUCGCUGGGGACCCCAUGGAGUCGUUCAACCUCACACCCCUUGGGCUGGGGAGAUGCGUGUAUACCCUGCAAAGCUGGAAGAUUCCAUUACUGCUUUUAGGGGGAGGGGGCUACAACCAUGUGAACACCGCCAAGUGCUGGGCCUUUCUCACCUCCCUGGCUGUUGGGAAGAAACUGCCUCAAGACGUUCCUGAUCACAAGUUCUUCAUGAAGUAUGGCCCUGACUAUGACCUGAGCGUAUCCGUGGGCAACAGGAGUGACCACAACUCUCGUGACUACCUGUCCAAGGUCUACAGACAGGUCAUGGAGAAUUUGAAUCUCAUCACAAGUUGAAAAACAUGAAUCCAUAGAAGGACCAUGAUGUGAUGAACGUUUCCUGGAUUGUCUCCUGUGCCUUAGUGUGGGUCAUAUGACAUCUCUCUGAAGGGAGACUGCUACUACGUACUGCCACAUCUUCAGGCAGCCUCACACAAUUCAUCAUUUGGAUACUGUCUUCACAGCAGGGGAAGUUCACAGUGGGGCUGAUGGAGUAAAAAACAAUCGCUGCCUAUCCCAUAUACAGAAUCUCAGUGUGGAACUGAUGUCAGAAACAUGUACACAAACACGAGUAGACUGAAAUAGUCAGAACUUUGAGGUGUUGUGUUUUGAUUACGUGUUAAGCUAUUGUGCUCAAUGAAUUGUGAUGUUUCAAAUCAGAAGUUAAAGGGAGAUUACCAUAUUUGACGUAAUAAGCGCCCACGGCGACAUUUGCUAAUAUAUUGGCCAGUGAACAAUCCCAAUUAGCACCCCUUCCGAUUGAUAACUGUACACAAGACUUAUUUAUUCUUGUAUAAU